AUGACUUUUGCUUUGCUCAAGCGCGCUGUGGUGCUGGGCACCGUUGCAGCUGGACUGCUCGUGCUCUCGUCGGGCCUCACGGUGCAGGUCGCCGCCCUGCCCACGUACAAGAUGCACCGUGCCCAUGUGGUGCAUGCGCGCAACCUGGCUAGGUCCCAGCAUGACCAGCUCGAGGACCAGGUGCAUGCCCUCGAAGCGGCACUCCAGCACUAUGUCCAGUACGGCGACCAACAGAGCCUCGAGAUUUACCUCCACGGGCUGGACGGUAACAAGAACCAAGGCGAGCAGUGGAAGCCCCAGCAACAGCCCGAACAGCCCAAGAAGCAGGACGGACAGCCCAAGGAGCAACCCAAGGAGCAGUCGCAGUGGCCCAAGCCACAGCAGCAGGCCCAGCAACAGCAACAGCAACAGCAGCAGGCGGCUCAGCAGCCCCAGCAGCCCGCCCAGCCCCAAGGCCAGCAGCAAGACGACUGCGACGAGGGUGCUCCCGCCGCCGAACAGCCGUCGAUGACGCACCACGAAGAACACCACUCCUCGGACGACUCCUCGGAGCACUCCGAGACACACUCGGAGCACCACUCUGAACACCACUCAUCCAGCGACGACACUUCCCUUGGUGCCAUUGACGGCUAUACUCCGCCUUCGUUCUCCACCUCGUCUUCGCCCUCGGUCAAGUCGCUGUACACCUCGGCUCCCUUUACGGGUCACGCGACGUUCUACGACACGGGCAUGGGCGCCUGUGGCAUUGUGAAUGCUGACAGUGAUCCUAUCGUUGCGGUCUCGCGCGACGUGUUCGAGCAGUACAAUCCGGCAUCUGGCAACCCCAACCACAACUCGCUGUGCGGACGACGCAUCGAAAUCAGCUGGAACGGCAAGACGACGCAUGCAUUUGCCAUGGACGAAUGUCCCGGGUGCGAACCGACCAGUCUAGACCUCAGCCCGACGCUCUUCGCCAAGCUCGAUGAUAAGGAUAAGGGCGUCCUACCCAACAUCCAGUGGCGAUUCAUCUAA